AUGAAGGCAUCACCCUACUCCGAGUCCAGGGUUGGCGCGAACUUUGAUGACAUCGUGCACUCCGCCGCGCCAACAUCAUCAACUUACGCCCAAGACCUCUCUCCAUAUAGUAAUUCGCCAUAUAGCUACACGACACCUUCGCGAGAGCACACUCCAGCCUCGAGUGUUCCUUCACCUGCAUUUGAUGACAAAAGUCCUGGACAUUACAGCUCUCUGCAGCAGCCUGUUUCGCAUUCAUAUUAUCCAUAUGUCGGACCCGUCACGACCCAAGCACAGCAACUCCUUCCCAUCAGCGCCCCUCCGGUCACUGAAAGCAACUUUGAAACCCAGAUGGCUGAUUACAUCAGCGCCUCGCCAACAGUGCCAUACUUUGGUCACUUUUGCGUCUCGGAAGUAUCUGCAGAUGUAGACCGCACUGCCCAUCUCAGGGACAGAUAUGUAUUUCCAUCCGCAGCAAUGGACACCAUGCAAACCGCGGAGCAGCAAUUGUUCAACAUAAACGCAUCCGACCAGUCGCUGUAUAGAACAGCAGCAAGGAGUCAUAUGAGUGAUACGCACGCAGCAUACUCUCCGGUGCCUGGCAACAACAUGCAGUCCCCGCAACAAGUCCCAAAGGCAGCAAAACGGCGCAGCACGGCAGCACGAACAGCAAGGGCACGGCCUGUAGCUGCCAGGCGGCGUAGCAUAGCCGCCCGUGCCAAAGAUGAUUCGCCAACAAGGUCCAAAGGCUCCAUCAAGACUGGUGAGGCCUCGUCGGGCUCAAAGUCUGCCAUAAAGCCCACUCUUCAGCUUAGGGACGAGGCAAGGGAAGAAGAAAAGGUUCUCAUGGAGCUUCGUCGAGAACUGUCGGAUGAUAAAGGCAAGGGUAUGUGGGACGAGAUCACCAGGAGGUACAUAAGCAUAUAUGAGCACAUCGAGAGGUCUGCGCUUCAAAUGAAGCUCACCAGGGCGAUUAAUGCGCACUGCAUCUGGCCACAGGAAGAGCUUGAUCUUCUCGUUGAGGCUUAUCGCGUCGACGCUGAGCAGCGAUAUAAUCGUAUCAUCCAAUGGAUGGCAGAAAAUGGAGGCUGCAAGGUUUGGCCGUGGAGGCCAAAGCACAUUGAAGCACAGCUGGUCAAGCUCGGGCUUGAAGAACCAGAGCUUCACAACCAAGAGAGGUCACGCAGGAGGGCAACAAACGCGCGCAAGAAAAACACAUCACAGGCCGUGGCCGUCAUCAACCGCGACCCGCAGGGCAACGGAGACGUUACCACCUGGGUCAGGGUGAUCCCGGCGCAGCCCACGAUAGACUUCAACACCACCCCGUACCAGCAGCCCGCCGUGGCCGCACCCCUCCAGCAGCGGAGCAACGGGUUCACCGGGCCCAGGAAGUUGUCACCGCACCCGCUGGACACUUCGGUCGGUCAUGAGAUCAUCGACCGCCAUUUCUUCAGCGACGAGGCUCGCAACAAGAUGCUUGACCAAAUUGAACAAAAGUACUACCCUGAUGACACACCUACCACCGCUGAUUCUGCCGAUUUCCUCGAAAACGUCAAACCUGAAACCCAGAGCCCAGUCGAAACACGGCAAGGCUCGGGCUUUCAUUCCAACAUGGUGAUGAGGAGCGCCCAGCAGCACGAGAGCGGCCAACAACACGGUAGCGGCUAG